AUGUUGACACCAAGACUGCUAUCACCGAGUACUUACUAUCGUACCAGGCCGACUUCAGCCAGGAGAAUGUCACUGGAACCAUUGCCGUACGAUGCAUCGCAGCAACUGCGCAUGCGCACUGGGUACCUCGGCCCAACAACCCUUCAGCAGUACAGUAUGGCGAUUGGAGAUACCAUGAAUGAGGGCGACUACGAUACAGACCGUCUUAGGACAGAACUCCAGCAAGAGAAACAAAUGAAAGAAAUGCUGGAGCAGUCAACGCAGGAACUCAGAAUAACGGUAUCUGAAUUAGAAAAGAGGUUAGAUGGAGUCGGAGAAGAAGGUAAUGAGUGGAAGACGAGGUAUGAAACACAGGAAGAACUUAAUCAACAAUUAGAAAAACAAAUUUUAAUGUUAAAAGACAAAAUAGAUGAUGCAAAACAGAGUGCCAGGGAUGGGAACACUUCACAGAUGAAAUCUUACGAUGAACUUUCAGAAGCAGCUCUUAAAAAACUUAUACGGCGACUUGACAGGGAUAAACUUAGUUUGGAUAGUCAAAUGAGAGACUAUGAAUGGAGACUGGACCAAGAAUCCAAGGCAUUUCACAAAGCUAACGAUGAAAGAAAGAACUAUUUAACUGAAAUCAGUCAGGCAGCAAAGAUCAAACACAAUGAUGCUAAGUCAAGUAUUGAUGAGAUAAAGAAAAGGAAUGCAUUUGGAGGAGGAAGUUAUAGUGAUCCGAUGGCGAGUCCAAGAAGCUAUCAUAAUGUUCCAGACAAUCAGAGAAUUUUAGAUCCGAGGAGGGGACCGAUUAAGAAGACAGCAGCUGUUAAACAAUUGCCAAAGUUACAUUGACCAUCACAUCUACAAUGAAUUUAAAAAAUGUUGUUUAUUCUUUUUUUAACAAAAUCAAAAGACAACUUUAUCUGUUUGUGUAAGAUAAGGCUCAUUAUAGAGUUGUUAUUUAUAGAGAAAGUCCACAGUAAAUAAUAUUACCACAGGGAGAAAUUCGUCUAUAUAUAUAUUGAAUUGGACCAAUGAAUUAGUCGAAAACAGUAAUUUUGUGGUUCCAUACAUGUCGCAGCAGUGUUGGGUUUCAACCUUUCUACAGCCAGCCAGAUUUCUUUCUGUGUU